CCAGCUGGCGGAGCUGAGAUCAGUGAUUGGUGAUGAGCGCUGGGCCAAUUGGAGGAGUUGUUGUUAGGUGGUCCAGGAGAACCGGUCGGGGAGGCAGGAAGGCGGCAAGAUGGUGUUGGAAAGCACUAUGGUCUGCGUGGACAACAGCGAGUAUAUGCGGAACGGGGACUUCCUACCCACCCGGCUACAGGCCCAGCAGGAUGCCGUCAACAUAGUCUGUCACUCCAAGACCCGUAGCAACCCUGAGAACAACGUGGGCCUCAUCACACUAGCCAAUGACUGUGAAGUGCUGACCACACUCACCCCUGACACCGGCCGCAUCCUGUCUAAGCUCCACACUGUCCAACCCAAAGGCAAGAUCACCUUCUGCACUGGCAUCCGCGUGGCCCAUCUGGCCCUGAAGCACCGACAGGGCAAGAAUCACAAGAUGCGAAUCAUUGCCUUUGUGGGAAGCCCCGUGGAGGACAAUGAGAAGGAUCUGGUGAAACUGGCUAAACGCCUCAAGAAGGAGAAAGUAAAUGUUGACAUUAUCAAUUUUGGGGAAGAGGAGGUGAACACAGAAAAGCUGACCGCCUUUGUAAACACGCUGAAUGGCAAAGAUGGAACCGGUUCUCAUCUGGUGACAGUGCCUCCUGGGCCCAGCUUGGCUGAUGCCCUCAUCAGUUCUCCAAUUCUGGCUGGGGAAGGCGGUGCCAUGCUGGGUCUUGGUGCCAGUGACUUUGAAUUUGGAGUGGAUCCCAGUGCUGAUCCUGAGCUGGCCUUGGCCCUUCGUGUUUCUAUGGAAGAGCAGCGGCAGCGGCAGGAGGAGGAGGCGCGGCGGGCAGCUGCCGCCUCUGCCGCUGAGGCCGGAAUUGCUACGACUGGGACUGAAGGUGAAAGAGACUCGGACGAUGCCCUGCUGAAGAUGACCAUCAGCCAGCAGGAGUUUGGCCGCACGGGGCUCCCCGACCUAAGUAGUAUGACCGAGGAAGAGCAGAUUGCAUAUGCCAUGCAGAUGUCCCUCCAGGGCGCAGAAUUUGGCCAGGCAGAAUCAGCUGACAUUGAUGCCAGUUCAGCCAUGGACACAUCUGAGCCCGCCAAGGAGGAGGAUGAUUAUGAUGUGAUGCAGGACCCCGAGUUCCUUCAGAGUGUCCUGGAGAACCUUCCAGGUGUGGAUCCCAACAAUGAGGCCAUUCGAAAUGCCAUGGGCUCCCUGGCUUCCCAGGCCACCAAGGAUGGCAAGAAGGACAAGAAGGAGGAGGACAAGAAGUGAGACUGGAGGGAAAAGGGAGCUGAGCCUGUGCAGGGGGCCGAGUAGGGUAGGGUGGGAUAUAGAGUUAGAUGCGUUGUCUGUGACCACUGCAACCUAAAUAAAGCUUGGCAACUUUUUUUCUU